CAUACAUUUAUAUCUGUGAGCUCGAAGCGCGCGCGGCGCCUUUCGAUCGAUCCAUCGCCACACCUCACUGCUAUUGCUCGGCGUCUUCUCGCCACCAGAAUCACUGCAUUACAAGAAAUGCGGGCGCCGUUCUGCCUCCUCCUCAUCGUAGGUGUGCUCCUGCUGCUCCGGUGGCCGGCGUCGAGCCUCGCUUCGGUGCAGGUGGCCCGGACCAUCACCGUGGACCAGCGCGGAGGAGGGGACUACACGACGGUGCAGUCGGCGGUGGACGCCGUGCCGGACGGCAACAGCCAGUGGGUCAAGAUCUACGUCAAGCAAGGGAGCUACAGAGAGAAGGUGAUAAUCCCAAGUGAGAAGGACUUCAUCUUGCUCGAAGGUGACGGCUCCUCGUCAACGGACAUCAACUUCGACUCACGUGUUGACGGCGCCGACGCGCCCGGCAUCGCCCCUAUCACGGGCCGCCUGCGUGGCAACCUCGCGGAAAUCUCGCAGACGUACAACAGCUCCACCUUCACAGUCCAUUCCGACAACUUCGUCGCCCGCAACAUCACCUUCAAGAACACGUACACCGGCAACAAUCCGGCGGUUGCGUUCCUCAUGGACGGCGACAAGGGCGCGUUCUACGACUGCGCCUUCCACGGGUACCAGGACACGCUCUCCGACCUCGCCGGCCGGCACUACUUCCGCCGCUGCCUCGUCCAGGGCGCUGUGGACUUCAUCUUCGGCUACGGGAGGUCCAUCUACCAGGACUGCACCCUCGUGUCCAAUAUGGCGGCGUCGUCCCAGCAGCCCGGGUGGGUGACGGCGCACGGCCGGGCCGCCGACAAGAGCGCCGCGUUCGUGUUCAAGGGCGGUUCCAUCACCGGCUCCGGGCAGCAGUACCUCGGCCGCGCGUGGAACGAGCAGGCCGCCGUCGUGUUCUACCAGGUGAACAUGGCCAGCAUCGUCGUCCCGCAGGGGUGGGCUAAGUGGACCUCCACCCAACAUGUGUCACAAGUGACGUUUGCGGAGGUCGGAUGCAGUGGCCCGGGUUCCGCCACCGGAGGAAGAGUGCCAUGGGAGAAGCACAUGGACAAUGCGGAGGUGCAGAGAUUCGUGGACAUCGGGUUCAUCGACGACGGUUGGCUAUCUAAUCAACCCUAGUUGUGGCUCGCCAAAAAAAACCCUUAGUUGUGGCGGGAUAGCUAGCAGCGAAAUACAUUCAGAUGUAUAUUCAAGGUUCAUGAUCUAAUGUAGUGGGGAAGAAGGGCUUAGGAUUGACCAACAAGGCAAAGAAAUUGGGAAUUUCGUAGGAAUUUUAGAUAAUUUCAAUCCUUAUUAAGAAGUUCAUAUGUAUGGGCCUCUUUGAUUUACACGAAGUAUUUUGGAGAAUCUUACUCCUAACCAAUUAUUUCCCUAUA